AUGACCAAGGAGUACCGAUAUCAACGAAGUAUUCUGCCGGAUGUACUGGACACUGUGAGUUGCAGCGCUGGCCAAGGCCUGUCCAGAUGAUGGCAUCCUCGCUGAUUGCACCAGGAUGAUUUCCAAGCUGCCGGUGGGGUUCUCAAAGUCAAGCUUCUUUGGGUUGCUGAUAAGCAUCGAGGCAGCGGGCUCGGACGUGAGAUCAUGACAGCGGUAGACGCGCUCGGCCGCAAGCGCGGGGCGACCUUUGCAACGGUGAACACAUUCAGCUUCCAAGCUGAGGGCUUCUACAAGAAGUGCGGCUACGACGUCCUCUACCGCGUGCCGGGCUGCUUUGAUGGCUCAGUCGAGAAGAUUUUUCUGGGCAAGAAACUGUGA